UAAUUCACCUCACACUACCAGCAUGGCUGAAGUCUUCGGCGUUGCGGCCAGCGCUUUGAGCGUUGCGGCCCUGUUCAACAACUGCGUCGACUGCUUCGAGUACAUCAAACUGAACCCCCAUUUCGGUCCAGUCGCCGAACGCUGCCAACUGAAACUCGAUGUCGCCAGGAACCGACUGGGUAGAUGGGGCGAGGCAGCCGCGAUCAAUACGGACCCUCGCUUCCCCACCAAUGCCAGAGAUUCUCGACAAGUCCGAGCGAUCCUAGAAGAGAUCGCACUGCUCUUCCACACUUCACGGGAGUCAUCGAAGCACAACUUCGAUGCGAGGCCAGAUCCGAUGGCGCGCUUUGAAGUUAAGAAUAUGACGCUAGCGUUUUGGAAACCGCACGAUUAGAUGGGGGUUAUUGCUCGCCAGAGGCAAGACCGAACAGGCCUACUGAAUAAGUCUGCGUGGAC